AACAAAAUAUCGAUUUCUGCUGUCCCUGUAUCGAUACAUUAUUAGCAAACAAAAUAUCACGAUACUACACAGUAUCGAUUUUUUUCCCCCACCCCUAAUUAGUACCACAUACAGGAAGGGAGUGAAUCAGUUUGUUGUGAAGUUUUAUUUUAUUAAUGGCCUGUAAAAAGAGCCAUCAGUGUUUAGACGACAGUGGAAACACAGACAGCCAGCAGCCAUAAGGAACCCAGUUUCUUGACAGAAAUUCCUAGGAUUAAAAUAUGUGUCAUUUGCUUGGAAUGGCUAUUGCUGAAAUACAAUGUCACCUUUUUUAAUAUAUAAAUUUAUAUAUUGUUUGACAACACUAUAAAGUCUUGCGCUUUGAGUUUGGGGUGUGUAUUCAUGUCUGUGUAUUUUGCCAGAGUACAUUGUGAUUAUACUCAAGAAUAAAAAUGAAAAUGCCACAUCAGGAAUGAAGAGCCUAAAUCUCUGGGCAGCACAAAUCAUGCAAAGGUGCAUUUCCUUCUCACAAUAGGGAUUUCCACAAUGUCUCCCACCUCGGCAGCAUACCCGGCCUGGCAAUUAUACCGUGUAAUAAAUAAUAAAUUCUGUCCGGUUUUCCAUGGCAGAUGGCUUCAAAUAGAGUCGACAUGUGACAGAAUAGUUUCCAAGAAUCUCAAUGGAAUAAGCUUCAAGUAUCCAUUUGUGCACUGAGCAAUAAUAAAGGCUACAUUUACCCAGUUUAGAGUUCAAACACUUUCUUGAGUUUGACAUUCAUUUGGAGUUCCUGUUUGCUGUAAAGACAAAUGAAAAGUUUCCUUUCAAAUGUGAUUUGUGUUACUGUUUGAAAUGUAGAAAGUGAGAAAAAGCAAGUAAAGUAUCCCCAGUGUUAUUUCCAGACAUGGCUUAAUGUUCCCGUGUACCCCCACUGGUGCCUUUCCUAAUGGAUCAGAUGGCUGGGUCCAGAUUCCUUGUGCAAUGCAAGAUUAGUUUGACAUGGCUUUUAGUAUAGUAGUGAUUUCAUAUAGAAACUGGGCCCAUCUUGUUAGAUCUCAGCCAUAAAUCCAGUUUUGUUCCUUCUGAAAUGAAGAAAUCAAUGAAAUCAAACCUUUCCUAAAACAGAUGUACACUUGCUAUGCUUCAGCCUCUGUAGUUUUAUUAGGAGGUUGCUUUCUCAUCUGAGCUUCUCCAAGACAUAUUUGUAUCAACCUGGUUGACGUGAAUGAGCCACAUUGUAUUAGUCUGAUUAACACUGAAUGGACAGCAGCCUCUCAUUGGAAUGGACUCUCCCAUGUAGAGCACCAUGGAGGUCCCUCAUGCGACAGAUAGUCUUAAUUAGAUUAAACAAAAGGCUUUUCCUAGGGUAAUCAGUCAGUUGGCCCUUGUUCACUACGGCACCCCAGGAGUCACACAGCAGGGAAGCCAGGGGCUUUAUGACUGUGAUUUGUUUUUUAAUUUAAUUGUGAGAGACUUUCUGUUGAAAUGGCAAAGGGACUGAUGUAGUCUAGAAUAAAUAGGGGUGUUUAGUCGAAAAGAUUUGACUGUAAUGUUGUAUUAGAAGCUCUUCAUCAGGCAGACUAAACUUGAAGUUAUUUAAAUUAUACUUCUUUUAGUGUAGUAGUCAUAUUCAAGGGUAGCAGGUUCAGGUUCAAGUUACUUUAUUUAUACCCGUAGGUUGAUUUGGUCUGCAGUAGUGAGUCAUCCAUCCUUGCACGCACAUAUUCAAUACAAACAGAGACCACAGAUAAGCGUAAUACAAAACACUAAAGAAAUUAAUAAAAACAUAAUAAUAAUAAUAAUAAUAAUAAUGAAUUCACCUGGCAUAGGAUUGUAAAGCUAUGGAUUUGUUCAUCUAAGUGAAAGCUGCUGCAGUGAAGCAGUUUUUAAACUGUGUUGUUCAACAGUUUGGGGCUAGAAAUCUUUCUCUCAAACAGUGGCUCAUAAGUUAGUUUGUCAGGUGGUCUCGCAAUUUGUUUGAAUGAGUUUCUGUUCUUUACAGAUAAAUGUCUUAGACCUGACACCAAGGACAAGGAGAAAAUGGAUUCAGUGAGAAUAGGAUUAAAUGAAAUCAUCAUGGUUGUAUCAUUGUGGAGUUUAGUUUUUUGCACACAGCUUCACAGUUUGCUUCAGUUUCGCUUUGAAUCAAUAAUUGUUCUGAGAUAUUUCUAUGAUUAAGCACAUUCCCUCACUCAUAAUGGACGUGAUCUCUUGUGUAUGAGUGCACUUUCUAAAAUCGGUGAUCAUAUAUUUUGUCUUAGUUACAUUUAAUUGAAGACUCAUUAUACCUUUUUAACAAAAUCAUCGAGUACUGGGCCGUAGCUGAUCCCAUUAUCCUGGAGCUGACUAACAAUAACAGAGUUAUUCACAUACUUUAAAAUGGUCCCGUUUUCAUACCUGCUCUAACACAUAUUUGUGUGCAGGAUAAAUAAUGAGCGCAAGAGUGUGCAUCCCUGUGGGUAGCCAGUUGAGGAGCAGACUUGAUUGGAUUUGAUCCCAUUUCUCCAGACUUUUUGAAUCGUGUUAGUUAAAAAGUCAAGAAUCCAGCCCAGAAGACUUUUUAUUCAGGUCAAAUUGUUCUCUUCUGAUUAAAACAUGAGGAUUGGGCUGAAAGCUGAAAACUAGCACAAGGAAGUGUUUAACAUGCAGGUUGAACAAGGUUAUUGUGACAUAUACUGCUCCUAUCUGUGGCCUGUAAGCAAACUGCAUAGGGUCAAGGACAUGCCCAGUUUACCUUAAAAUAUCGAUUUUAAUGUGGGUUUGUUUGUUUUAAGAUUUUCAUCAUUAAUUGGGAAAAGUAGAUUUAGAAAACGGGGACUAAAACAUCCUCAUACAUUAGGUCCAUGCUGUGCCUGUAAAACCCUAUUGUUAAAAAAAGAUUUAUCAGGUCCAUGAGACUUCUUACUCAUAUGGAUCAGAAGGCCUGUUUCACAUCCCUCGCAUCAUGUUAAAGUGGUGUUUAUGUUCAGGCUUACAACACAGUAGCAGGAUUUCUGGUAUUGCAAGCAAGAUGUUAUUAUGUAUUCACUUUGUCCUCAUGUAUGAUUCUAUGAGCCCAGGAAUUCUUCCUUAAAUGUUCACUUGGACUCAAGUAUAGACUGAUUAGAAUGUGAUGAUCAAAGGUUCUGUUGAUUUUGAUAAAAUAUUGAAGUAAUCCCAUUUUGUUUACAACAGGUCUCUGUGAAAUCUUAAUUUUACAAAUUUGGCUGGAAUGACUUUAAAGACAAGGGGCUUUAUGCUCCUAUCCCAAGAAGUGAAAAGUGUUACCUGAUUUUUGUGCACUUAUUUAUUACAGCAGGGUGUAAGAGUUUGUACUGUUUUUCUAUCCUUUAUGGUCAGCUUAUUUUCUCUCAUCUGUCCCUGGUUUUAGAGUAUGUGUGUAUGUGUUCACUGUGUCCUCUGAUCUCUGUAAAGAAGUUAAGAUAACAUUACUGAAGGCAAACGUAACCCAAUAAUUUACUGUAAGUGCAGUAAAAGCUUGCCAACAAGCGUUUCUGUAUAAAAUGACAGGGGAGAAUGGGCUGACUACGCAGAGCAUACCUUCAAGUGCAAAGCAAUAAACUUAAGAUCUGGAUGCAUGGUGAUCUCUGGCUCUGUGGGUGAUCCUCAGUCACCAUGAAAGAAUAGGAACUCAGCUCUCCCAGGGAAAUGGCUUGUUUCAUAAUAUCCCUUCUACCUGGCAUAUGACUCCAGCUGCCUGUGAAGGGCCUGUUGGCUGUUUAUGGGAACUGUCACUGUGUUCACACUCUUGAGGAUUUAAGAAUUUCCAGGACAGCCCUUUUUUUUUUGGGUGUUUUUAAACCCCUGCUGUCAAGUCAAAGCAGCAACACUUUGCAAUAGACUGGGGAGGCAGUAAGAAGAUGGCGAACAACUCGUACAGUGGGGUGAAGAACUCCAUAGUGGAGGCCAACCAUGAUGGAGAGUUUGGCUGCACACUAAAAGAACUGCGUGGGUUAAUGGAACUGAGGAGCGCUGAGGCAGUAACCAAAAUUGCGGAAUAUUAUGGGGAUAUUCAAGGACUCUGCAACCGGUUAAAAACAUCACCAAUAGAUGGUCUAAGCGGACAGCCUGCAGAUAUUGAGAAGCGGAAAACAGUGUUUGGGGAAAAUCUUAUACCUCCCAAAAAGCCCAAAACGUUCUUGCAGUUAGUGUGGGAGGCACUACAGGAUGUCACGCUGAUUAUCCUUGAAGUGGCAGCCAUAGUUUCACUAGGCCUUUCUUUUUAUAAACCUCCAGAUGCAGAGAGAGAAAACUGUGGAAAAGCUGCUGGUGGUGGUGGGGAUGAAAAUGAGGCAGAGGCGGGGUGGAUCGAGGGUGCCGCCAUUCUUCUGUCAGUUAUCUGUGUGGUGCUGGUAACAGCAUUCAAUGACUGGAGUAAAGAAAAGCAAUUUAGAGGCCUCCAGAGCCGCAUUGAGCAGGAACAGAAAUUUACUGUUGUCCGUGGAGGACAAGUUAUUCAAAUUCCUGUGGCGGAGAUUGUGGUUGGGGACAUUGCACAAGUAAAAUACGGUGACCUCUUGCCUGCUGACGGAGUCUUCAUCCAAGGCAAUGAUCUGAAGAUCGAUGAAAGCUCACUCACAGGGGAGUCUGACCACGUCAAGAAAACACUAGAAAAAGAUCCAAUGCUGUUAUCAGGCACCCAUGUAAUGGAAGGCUCAGGGAAAAUGUUGGUCACUGCUGUGGGUGUCAACUCUCAAACUGGAAUUAUCUUCACUUUACUCGGAGGCGGGGAAGAGGAUGAUGACGACGAAGAGGAAAAGAAAAAGGAGAAGGAAGAGAAGAAGAAACAGAAAAAAAAUAAGAAGCAGGAUGGUUCUGUAGAAAAUCGAAAGAAAGCUAAAGCCCAGGAUGGUGCUGCAAUGGAAAUGCAGCCUCUGAACAGUGACGAAGGAGCAGAUGCAGAGGAGAAGAAGAAAGCCAACCUGCCAAAGAAAGAGAAGUCUGUUCUCCAGGGAAAACUGACCAAACUAGCAGUACAGAUUGGAAAAGCAGGUCUGGUUAUGUCAGCCAUCACUGUUAUCAUCCUGGUGGUGCUGUUUGUAGUGGAUACCUUCUGGAUCCAGAAUCUAUCCUGGGUUAAGGAGUGCACACCUGUUUACAUUCAAUUUUUUGUGAAGUUCUUCAUCAUUGGUGUCACUGUUCUUGUGGUCGCUGUUCCCGAAGGCCUGCCACUUGCUGUAACAAUCUCCUUAGCGUAUUCUGUUAAGAAAAUGAUGAAGGAUAACAAUCUGGUGCGUCACUUGGAUGCCUGUGAGACUAUGGGAAAUGCUACUGCCAUCUGUUCUGACAAGACUGGUACACUCACCAUGAAUCGCAUGACUGUGGUGCAGGCCUACAUCGCUGAAAAGCACUACAAGAAGGUCCCUGAACCAGAGAACAUCCCCUCCUCCACUUUAGACAUCCUGAUUCUGGGCAUUGCAGUCAACUGCGCCUACACUACUAAAAUCAUGCCUCCAGAGAAAGAAGGGGGUCUGCCACGACAGGUGGGUAACAAGACCGAAUGUGCCUUGCUCGGCUUUUCUACUGAGUUAAAACGCGACUACCAGGCUAUCCGCAACGAGAUUCCUGAAGAGAAACUCUACAAGGUCUACACCUUCAACUCAGUUCGCAAGUCUAUGAGCACUGUGUUAAAGAUGGCUGACGGCAGCUACCGUAUGUUCAGCAAAGGAGCCUCAGAAAUUCUCCUAAAAAAGUGCUAUAAAAUCUUGACAGCUAAUGGUGAGCCAAAGGUGUUCCGCCCACGGGACAGAGAUGACUUGGUUAAGAAAGUGAUCGAGCCCAUGGCCUCAGAGGGCUUGAGAACAAUCUGCCUUGGAUACAGAGAUUUUCCUGCUUCUGAUGGGGAGCCUGACUGGGACAAUGAAAAUGAUAUCCUCAGUGGACUAACCUGCGUCUGUGUGGUUGGCAUUGAAGAUCCUGUUAGACCAGAGGUUCCAGAUGCUAUCAGGAAAUGCCAGCGUGCUGGCAUCACCGUGCGGAUGGUGACUGGGGACAACAUCAACACAGCUCGAGCCAUCGCCACCAAGUGUGGCAUCCUACAGCCUGGAGAUGACUUCCUCUGCGUGGAGGGAAAAGAGUUCAAUCGCAGGAUACGCAAUGAAAAGGGAGAGAUUGAACAAGAACGCAUUGACAAGAUCUGGCCCAAACUUCGAGUAUUGGCUCGCUCUUCCCCCACAGACAAACACACCUUAGUCAAAGGUAUUAUUGAUAGCACAGUGGCAGAACAGAGACAAGUAGUAGCAGUGACAGGAGAUGGUACGAAUGAUGGUCCUGCCUUGAAAAAAGCAGAUGUUGGUUUCGCCAUGGGCAUUGCUGGGACAGAUGUUGCCAAGGAGGCAUCUGACAUCAUUCUGACUGAUGACAACUUUUCCAGCAUCGUUAAAGCUGUCAUGUGGGGUCGAAACGUCUAUGACAGCAUUUCCAAGUUCCUUCAGUUUCAGCUAACGGUCAAUGUGGUGGCUGUCAUUGUAGCAUUUACAGGAGCGUGCAUCACACAGGACUCUCCACUGAAAGCUGUACAGAUGUUGUGGGUCAACUUGAUCAUGGACACUUUUGCUUCACUAGCUCUGGCCACAGAGCCCCCUACAGAAGCCCUGCUGCUAAGGAAGCCAUACGGCCGCAACAAACCUCUUAUCUCCCGCACCAUGAUGAAGAACAUCCUGGGUCAUGGAGUUUAUCAGCUAGUCAUCAUUUUUACAUUGCUCUUUGCUGGAGAGAAAUUGUUGGACAUUGACAGUGGCAGGAAUGCACCCCUCCAUGCCCCACCCUCAGAACACUACACCAUUGUCUUCAAUACCUUUGUAAUGAUGCAGCUUUUCAAUGAGAUCAAUGCCCGUAAGAUCCAUGGUGAAAGGAAUGUCUUUGAAGGCAUCUUCAACAACCCAAUCUUCUGUAGUAUUGUCUUGGGUACCUUUAUUAUUCAGAUUGUUAUUGUGCAGUUUGGAGGGAAGCCAUUCAGCUGCGUGGCUCUGACGGCUGACCAGUGGCUGUGGUGUACUUUCUUAGGUUUCGGCUCUCUUCUGUGGGGACAGGUUAUCUCUUCAAUACCCACCAGCCGCUUAAAAUUCUUGAAAACAGCAGGCCAUGGCACCCAAAAAGAGGAGAUCCCAGAUGAAGAGUUGGAGGAGCUGGAGGACAUGGAUGAGAUCGACCAUGCUGAACGGGAGCUUCGUCGAGGCCAGAUCCUGUGGUUCCGAGGCCUCAAUCGCAUCCAAACUCAGAUGGAUGUAGUGAGUGCGUUCCAGAGUGGAACUUCCUUUCAGGGGGCUCUAAGGCGGCAGGCCUCCAACUCCAGCCAACAACAGCACGAUAUCCGAGUGGUGAAGGCAUUCCGCAGCUCCAUCUCCCUCUAUGAGGGGUUGGAGAAGCCAGAGUCGCGAUCAUCCAUCCACAACUUUAUGACCCACCCCGAAUUUCGGAUAGAGGACUCUGAGCCCCAUAUCCCCCUCAUUGAUGACACAGACGCGGAGGACGAUGCUCCCACCAAGCGCAAUUCGGCCAGCCCGCGCAACGCUACCCCCACACCGCCCUCACCCACACCUUCGCCUGCCACCACCAUUGCCCCCACCACGCCAGUCUCUCCUUCCCCGAACCAGAACAAUAACGCUGUGGAGAGCAGUAACCACCUCCUCCCCGAGGGCCUCAAGUCAGGAACCCCCUCAGCCCCAGGGAGCCCACUACACAGCCUGGAGACCUCGCUUUGAUCUGACCCAGCUCCACACGUCACCACCUCUUUUCUACCCGCCACCAAGGAGCUCAACUCAGACAAAUCGAACGGACACUAGGAGCGUCGAGACGAAGGGUUAGACGGAGAGCGGCGUCUUGUGUGAGCUUGGCUUGGGUUGGACUUAAAGAACAGCAAACAUUCAGAGGAAUGUACGGCUUGGUGUGGAUUCUUUGGUCUUCUUUUAUUUUUGGUUAUUAUUAUCCCACUGCAACACAAGGACUCUGUCUUCACCCCUCCCUCCUUGGUAACACUUGUUUUUCUCAGUAACAAGGGGUGACUAUAAACUAAGAUUGAAAGUGACCUGUUUUUAUUAUUAUAUUAUAUUUUAAUUGAGAAAGGGAGGUGCUCCUCCUGGCUUGAAGAUCGUCUGUAAGAGUUAUGAACGAACCUUUAGCUUCUCUUUUAUCUGAAUGGUGUUGUAUAUUUAUCUCUUUGGCCCUUGCUCAUUUUGAAACUUAUUUCUGCUCCAUCGGCUGUUAAUAUUUUGAGUUAUUUAUGUUUUUGGAGGGAAAAAAAGCAGGUCUGUUUACAAAGUUUGUAGAUACUUUUUUUCUGUUUGUAGGCAAAGAGCUUCCUGAUGUAUGAUGCAGAAAACUGGGACAGAUUAAGAAACGAAUGAGAGGAUUAUUUCAGAUACUGCUGUAUUUUCAGGAAAAAAAAGGGGUGUUUCUAUUGAAACUUAACUAUUUUUGCCUGCAAGUUUUAUUUGUUAUAUAUUUGUAGAUAAAUAUAGAACCUUCUAGCCAAACCGAUAAACACUAAGGCUUGUAUAGAAAAAAGAGGUCCAUCUGACGAGGUGUUUUCACAGGAGACGGGACGGGAAAGAUAAUUAAGGCCUCUAGUCCACUAACAUCGCUAUAAAUAUUUAACUUCUUCCAUUUCUUCGCUAGUUUUCAUGUGCACAAAACCUUCUGGAGUUCUGGAUUCUCUUUUUCAGUCAUUAUGUUGUGUUCAGGAAUUUCCACAUGUUGAAAGGUUCAGUUAUUUAAAGGGAGUUUAGAAAAUAAUCCCAGGCUCUUAUUUAUCUUGCCGAAAGCUGGGAGGAGGAAACAAAGUCUUACCUCAGAGUCAGAUACAAGGUCCUUUAUGAAGCCGCUUAAGCGUAAAGUAGGAGUUCUUCUUUCCGAUUUGGAACCAUAAAAUGAAAAUCUCUUCUUUUAGCUGGUAUGUUGCACUCACAAGCAUAGAUUAAUUUGACGAAGGGCUUGUGGGUGCGUUAACGCUAAAACAUGUUCUGCCAAAAGCACCAAAAUGACUUUAAUCAACUUUUUUGUUCUCUUUUUUUUUUUUUUUAUGACCGCUGCAGUUCAAACUAGCACUGUAUUAUCUACUGAACAAGUGUGUCUAUUUCUCAGUAAGACCUUCACAUAGGCUAAACGUCAGUGUGCCUUGGCUUCAGUAAUAAUUUAGACAAUCUUGGUCCCAUCAUUUAUCGCCUUUAGGAGACUCCUUAUGGGGGGAGAGAAAAAAAAGACCUCCACAGCUAAAAGCAGGACCAAAGUCAUCCUCCAUCUAACAUGUGGGGACAGCAGAGACUGAUUUCCUCCCUCUGGAUGCUUGAUAAAUACGGACACUGGUCUUUUUCGUUCUUUUUUUUUUUUCCCCUAAAUGGUGCAUUUUAUUUAUAUUUUUGAAUUUUCUCAGCCCCCCUCCCACUCCCCGCCAAUGUAGAAUACUGACAUUUGUUUACUCAGGCAUAGAAAAAGUAUUUAAUUUAAAUGAGAGGGGAAAACCCCUUUUUGCUUCAGAGCUUGUGUAUUUAGAUAGCAAAAACAUCUUCAUCUUUGGUCAAAAACAAAGUGAACCAUUUUUCAUAUUUCAUUCUCUUUACGCUUUAGGUAAAUAUUAAUUUUAUUCCUCUGACUAUUUCUGGUUUGUUGGCAUUUUAAAAAAUUUAAAUCCACCAACAACCACCACCCUAUUCAGAAGACUCCUUUAAACCAUUAUUAAUAACAAACGUUGCUGCAUUUGGUUUGUUUGUAAAACUAUUUUUGACACCUGAUGUACUGGAAGCGCUAAAGAAUUCGACAUUUGUGCAUUUUUCAAGAAUAAAAGCCGAGGCAUACACUGGUAUCUAUCUGCACAGGGUACUUAUUUCAUAACGUUCCUUUGGGGAAAAAGAAUUUUGAUACAAAUCGUAAUAAAAUUGUACCUUUGUAUUUUUAUGGCAAUGCUGAUGAUACCUUUCAUCAUACCUAACAAAUUUUGGAUGAUUUGACACCAAUCAUGUUCUAUGGGGAACGGGGGUUUUGGCCACUAAAAUGUUUUGGGAUUUUUUUAUUUAUUUAUUUUUUUUGUUCUGGAAGAUUCAUCUCAGGGUGCAAAUGAUGUGAAAGAGAAGAGGCCUCUCUUUAGUUUGCAUUUUAGAACACGCUUAAAUGUUUGGGAUGGUGCUUGCCAACCACACACAAGGGAUAAACUCGGGCAGCGGGCUGCAGAUUUUUCCUGCAGCCGUCUGGCCGGCUUCACCUGAAGGGCCGCGGACAGGGAAGUGGAAGGUGGAAAUGUAAAGUCAUAAAUGGUUUGUUUUCCUUGUUUUACAGACGACAAAAUAGCAGCUAGGAUUGAGAGUGAGAAAUUGGAAAAAAGCGAGAGGAAUCCAUGUGAGGAGUUUGUUCUGUAGCUUCUUCCUGUAAUGGGAAUGAAUGUUUUUUUCCAUCUGUUUUAUGGAUUAUUAUUUUUUUAUCUUUUAACAUUUGGAAAUAAAAGUACUUCAUGUCUGUUUUAUCUUGAGCAUUUUAAAUGGAUAUCGUGAUUGGAUUUACAUUUGAAACUUGUCGAGUAAUGUGUAUGGUUUUUAAAAAUAAAAAAUGUAUUUAGCCUAA